UCUUUGUUCCAGGAACCUCUUUCAGCCUUACAGGAUCGUUCUUCCUUUCCCAGGGUCUCCCGUUGCCGUUCCAGGAUCUUGCACGCACAGAUUUAUUGCUCCAAAAAGAACUCAACAUAUGCUUCUAGUGUGGCCAAAUAAACAGCACCUUGUAUGAAUAUCCUGGAGGUUUCUUUUUCGUCAAUAAAUGAAUUACUCAACUUUGUUGUCAUGUAUUUGCUCAAAUUCCAUAGCGCCUGGGGUGUAGUCAUCUUUAUUGAAUUUACAAAAAUUACAAGCAGAGGUCGAAACGGUGAGGAUGAACUAAUCUACUUUGAAUAUAUGCGGUGAGAAAUGCAAACUUACAUAUAUUUAUAGCAGUCAAACUCACAUGUUUUACCCCAGGAAAUGGUGAGACAUGUUGAAACCUUACCUCAAUGGGAUUAAAAUGGAAUCACAUUGUGUGUAUAAUUUGUUUCCUUGUAGUAGCCCUUGAAAUGCUGUUCUUCAUCAAUGCACCCUUAUUGAGUGCCAUUUUUUGGCAAGUUUGUUGCUGUUCUUGACUGAUGUGAUUGGGGAAAUAAUCAAAGCUCAUAAGAAGAUGGGGAGACAUUCAUGUUACUUGUAGCCUUUCUUUUCCUUGAGACCUGAAACUUGCAUUUGUAUAUUGCUUAAGUAAGACCUGUGCCAGAAGGGGCCUGGUUGUGAAUAACUUAGUCAUUUUUUUUUCCCGAUAAGAAAACAAACUCUCAUUUCAAAGAAAUUGAAUAAAGUACAUAGAUGAAGGAUAAGAGAUCCACCCAAAAACAAGGGAAUUACAACCCAAAGAAUUAUGUUGUAAUUAAUUUUUAUUUAGAAAGGCAAUAUAUUGUCAUUUUUCUAGGUGUUUGAAUUGAAAUGGUACAUAUCUUUCCAUGAUGAUUCAUUCCAUUUAUUUUAUUGCUGCAUGAGUUUGACACUGUGCUUUGAUAUCAAAUGUGAUAUUUGUAGUCCUGUUGAAGGAGCUAAACGAGGUCGCACACCACCACCCCAAUCGAAGAAGGUUUCUCCUCCUCCAAGAAAAGCUUCUCCUAUACCCGAGUCUCUUGUUCUUCACGUCGAUCAGCUCACCAGGAACGUGAAUGAAAACCAUUUGAGAGAAAUAUUCAGUACCUUUGGUGAAGUUGUACACGUGCGGUUGGCCAUGGAUCAUACUGCUAAUUGCUCGAAAGGAUUUGGAUAUGUUGGGUUUAAGACGCGAGGUGAUGCCGAAAAAGCUCAGUUUUACAUGGAUGGGGCCCAGGUUGAUGGGAAUGUUGUUCGGACCAGGUUUACAUUACCUGAGCGGAAGAAGGCUUCAUCGCCCCCUAGGACUAGUGCUCCUUCAAGAAGAGAUGCUCCUAAAUCUGAUACUGAUGGUGCUGAUGUUGAAACAGAUGGACCAAAGCGGCAGAGAGAAUCAUCUCCCCGUAGGAAACCUCUUUCACCAUCACAGAGGAGAUCUUCUGUAGCACGAAGAGGAUCUCCAAGACGAAACCCAGAUUCUCCUCCUCGUCGACUUGCAGACUCUCCUGUUCGUCGUCGAGCACAGUCUCCUUAUAGACGUCGUGAUUCACCACCUCCCAGAAGGAGGCCUGCAUCUCCUGCCAGAGGUCGUUCACCCUCCUCUCCACCCAGGCGGAAUAGAUCUCCCAGGGCCUCUCCCCGAAGGAUGCGCGGUAGUCCAGUUAGACGACGUUCUCCCCUUCCUCCAAGGCGCCGUUCACCUAGACGAGCUCGAAGUCCACCCAGAAGGUCUCCAAUACAUAGGCGAAGCCGCUCCCCUCUUCGAAGGCCUGCUCGUUCUUAUUCAAGAUCGAUCUCUCCUCAGAGAGGGCGGGCACCCGGUGCUAGACGUGGGAGGUCAUCAUCCAAUUCAUCUCCAAGCCCACGAAAGUUUUCUGAAAAUUUGUUUCUGUUUAGGCCUUUAAGAGGAAGAAGCACUAGCAACAGCAGCAGCAGUAGUUCACUGCCUCACUUCCAUGAAAAGCAUUGCUGUGAUGGGUAUGGAAUCAAGAGAAGUAUUAGGAUGGCUUUAGCUGCCUGGUGCAGGCUGGGCAACAAGAUCAAGUUGGACUUCUUUGCAAAAAUAGAUGUUCAGGUGAAAGCGAGGGUUCUCAGGGAACGAGUGAAGAAGAAGAAGAAGAAGAAGAAAAAGUGGAAGAAGAAGAAGAGGAGGAGGUGGAGGAGGAGGAGGAGAAAGAAAGGGAGGAACAGCAAAAACAGGCGUCAAGUUGUCCUCUACUUCUCUACAGUCACAUCACCUCUCACUUUGAGUCAAUCUAGUUUCUGUUUUUUCUUCCUUCGGACUUCGAAUUGUUAUAAUCUUGGGAAACCCUAA